AUUAUAAAUAAAAAGUAAUUUUAAUUAUAUAUAAAUAAUAUAAUUUUCUAUCAAAGGAGAUUUGGAUGAACCAUCAUCAAAGGGUAGCUCUGUCCCUGCCUCUGACCCCACCCAGGGGCGGAGCCACCAUUCAUGUUCAGUAGUAGAUGUCGAAGAGAACCCCUUCAUAUAGUUUAUAUAUUUACUUCUGAAUCCUUCGAUAAAAAUUAUGACUCACUACUGGCCCACCCCAAGAAGGAAAAAAACUCAAAACCAACAACUUAAAUUCCAUUCUCUUGCCACUUCCAUGCAAUAUUUUCAAUAGUGUAACAAACAAACUCUCUCAUUUCUCUUGACACUUCCCUUUCCUUUACUUUCCUUUUUCCUUUCAUUUCCCACUACUUAACAUACUAUUGUUGUCACAUACACACCCAUCAAAAACCAAUUUUUCUUCUAAGGAAGAAGCAAAAGAAAGAAAUUCACACUUCUAUCAACAACUCAAGAUUUUUCACCAAACAGACAUGUCAUGGUUCGUGAUUUUUCUCUUAUUUUUCGUGGUGUCCAUACAAAUAACCAAUGGAUUGAAUCCACGAAAACUAGAUGAGGGUGAGAACAAGUGUGGAGGUUGUCCAUGUAACAAACCAUGUAAUCCACCUUCACCACCACCACCAUCACCACCACCACCAUCACCACCACCACCAAAGUCGAAACCGCCAAGUGGCUACAACUGCCCUCCUCCUCCUCCUUAUUCCGGCGGCGGCGGUGGUGGUGAUCAAGAUGUUCCUUAUCCUCCAAAUUCACAAUACAUAUACAUGACUGGUCCACCUGGGGAUUUGUACCCCGUUGACCAUAACGUUAAUAGUGCAAAAAAGAGCUUUACUACUGAAUUUUCACUUUUGAUUGGUGGAUUCUUCUUGGGAUUGCUUUAUUUUUGGUGAAAUUCAACAUCAAAUCAAAUUUUAUGAGUAAAAAAUAAGUGGAAGAAGCAGCAAAUUUCAGAGACCAAAAGUUAAGUGUGGGUAUAAAUAUUCUAUAUAUAUAUUAGGUUGGUCCUUAAUUAUAAUUAGCUGUAAUCUUGAUAUAUUCAUGUUGUUUCAUUUAGUUCCAAUAACUACCUUAUAAAUUUUCUUCCACUUUUUGUUUUUUGUAAAAUUAAUUGUGAAUCCAUUGUCAAGAGACAUGUUAUCAA